UACUGUCAUGGCGUCGAUGUAGCAUAGAAAAAUAAAAUCAUUCUGCUGAGUGCUGAUAAUCAAAGUCAAGUAAUCUGUGGUGUUCGCAAUGAGUAAUAACACAUUUUAUUGUUCAUUUGUUAGCAUACAUUAUAUUAUCUGUGAAUGCGGAGAUACAUUUCCCACGGAAGACGCAUUGAAGGAACAUUUGGAAAAAGAUCACACAAAUAUCGAAAGAAAUGAAUACAAAUGCGAUACGUGCGACAAAGUGUUUUCAACUGAGAAAGCGUGCGUCCUGCACCAGCGAGUGCAUGUCGCGCCUCGCGUUAAGCGUGUACGCACGAUACAAGAGAUACAAGAUCGGAAGAAGUAUUAUAACAUGAAGAAUAUUGUGUGCGAGGUGUGCGGGAAGAGAUAUGCUUCUAACGCAGCGCUACGCUACCAUCAAAGGGUGCACACGGGCGAGAGGCCUUACCAGUGUUCGCUCUGCCCUAAGAACUUCACUAUGCCACUGUUUUUACAGAUCCACAUGAGAACGCACACAGGCGAGAGGCCCUACCAAUGUCCUCACUGUCCGAAGGCCUUUAGUAAUAAGGCUGCUCUGUUGAGACAUGAUCGGGUACACACCGGUAUAAAACCGUACCAAUGUCCGCAGUGUGGCAAAACGUUCACACAGUCGAAUUCUAUGAAACUCCACGUGAAAACUGUACAUUUGAAAAUGCCAGCACCGUACAAGAGCAAGAAUAGGAAGAAUAAGGAGGCUAUCCGUAGAGGUAUGAACGUUGAAGUGAAAAUCGAAUCGGCAAUGUACCAACCGCCGAUCAAGACGGAACUUGAAGUUUACGAAGAAGACGGUACGAUAUACGAAACAGCUGGUGUAGAAGAGAUAUACGAGGAGGUAUGUUUGAGUUCCAACUCAAACUCAGAUGUGCACUUUCAAGUACCCAUCUUAUCUGCCGGUGAAUUUUACGAGCAAGUGAAAGUGGAGGGCGAUGAAAUACUAAUGUAUGAGCAGGAAGUCGAAGAACCAGAGGUUUUGUACGAAGAAGUGUACGAAAUUGAGCAAGUGUAGUGUUCAAAGUGUAGUGUGUAGUGCUAAAAGUGACCUGAAGUGGUCAGGGAUGAAGUGGGUCGGUCAAAGUGUUGCUAUGAGUAUGGAUACUAUGGUCAAAGUGGUAGUUUAAGUGCUUUUUCUUUGGUCAAAGUCGUAAGCACUUAUUCUCUGAUUUAAUUAUUGGUAUAAUGGCUGAUACUUUGGUCAAAGUGUUGGUAAAGUAUCAAUGAUUUGGUCAAAGUGUCAGUAUAUUGUUAAUUUGACCAUUGUAUACUCGUAUCAGGAUCAUGUUUUUAUCGAAUAUGCUGAAUUGGUCAAACUUUUGGUGAUAAUGCUUAUUGUAUUAAUAUCAACGGCUUGGUAUAUUGGAAUGUUGUUACUUUGACCACUAUGUUAUAAAAUUCUUAUGUAUAAACUAUAAACUAAAGUGUAUAAUAAAGCUGAUAGUAUGGUCAAAUCUAUAGUGAAAGUAUUUUAUAAUGAUUUGAUGAUAAUUUUGAUGGUAAAAUACAGAAUUUGGUCAAAGUAUUGGUAAAAAUGGUAUUGGUCAAAGUUAAAUUUUUAUAAAUGUGAUGAAUUUAUUUUGUAUGGUGAGUGAGAGAUCCAAAGCCAAUAUAAUAUUAUGUAUCCCAAAUUAGUUUUUUUAACCGACUUCAAAAAAAAGGAGGUUAUCAAUUCGGCCGGUAUGUAUAUUUUUUUUUAUGUACAC